AUGUCCUCAAUGGAAGCAACAGACUCGCGCCUCCAAAAUGAAACCAUCGAAAAAGGAAUCGACAAAAUCCAAACCUCAAUCCAAAGCCUCAACAUCAAAAUCCUCCGCGAAACCGAAGAUCUCGACCGCUACAAGAUCCGCAAAAAGAGGCGCAUACACAAAUUCCACACCAGAAUAGCACUGAAACGCAGCCUGAUCUCCGCUCUAGCAUCUCCAAAUAAAACGUCACCGUUCUCAUCAACCUCAGCUUCUACAGACUCUACAACCCUCGCCAACGAAAAAGGGAAAGAGAAAGAAAAUGACAAAGAAAAGCUUGAAGCCGAAGACGAAUACUCUUCCCUCCUCACCCCCCCAAACUGGGAUACCCGCGAUCCCAAAAAAUUAGUGACAUGGCAAUUAGAACGCCACAUAAACUGGGCAAUCACAAAUCCACCCUGGAAUAGUCCUGCCUCUCUCCACAGCAUCCUGGAUCUACGGACCGCAGCCGAGCUCCAAGAGGGACAGCAACCGGGUCAAGGGAACAAGAUGCUAGAACGAAAAUACUGUCGUCUUGAUCCGGGGGAGGAUGUGUGGGGGAAACCGGCUGCGGCUUUACUUGUUCAUGCGAAGGGGUUUUACAAAGAUCCUGAUGGGUGA